CCUCCCGGCCCCGCCCGCUGGAGGGCUGGUCUCCGCGCGGGCCUCGACUGAGAAGGCCUUUCCCUCUGCGGGAGCCCCGCCGCCGGUGGCUCCGCGGGUGCAGCGGGCGGUGAGGGACAGGGACAGCACUGCUGCCGUACUGAGCCGCCCGCGGUGGGCGCAGCAGCCGCUCCCAAUGCUUCGGUGGCUCAUCGGCGGCGGCCGGGAGCCGCAGGGCCUGGCGGAGAAAUCAUCUGUACAGACAAUUGGUGAAGAACAAAUACAGAAUCCUUACACGGAGCUCCUUGUGUUGAAAGGUCAUCAAGACAUAGUACGAUUUCUAGUGCAAAUAGAUGAUUGCAGGUUUGCAUCUGCAGGAGAUGAUGGCAUUAUAUUUCUGUGGAAUGCUCAGACCGGAGAAAAACUUUUUGAACUUCAUGGACACACACACAAAAUUACAGCUAUAGCACCAUUUCCUUCGUCAGAUGCUUCUGAAGAAAAAAACCACUUAAUUUUAACAGCAUCAGCUGAUAGAACAGUUAUUGUUUGGGACUGCAGUAGUGGCAGACAGGUUCAGAAAGUGUCAUGUUUCCAUUCUACUGUCAAGUGUUUGACAGUUCUUCAAAGACUGGAUGUAUGGUUGUCUGGAGGGAGUGAUCUAUGUGUUUGGAACCGAAAAUUAGAUCUCUUGUGUAAGACCAGUCAUCUUACUGAUGCAGGUAUCAGUGCUUUGCUUGAAUUGCCUAAAAAUUGUGUUGCGGCAGCUGUUGGCAAAGAGCUAAUAAUUUUUAGGUUGAUUGCUUCUAAUGACGGGUCUGAAGGUUGGAAUGUCCUUGAAGUAAAACGCCUUUUUGACCAUCAGGAUAACAUUUUGUCAUUAGUCAGUGUCAAUGACUUUACUUUUGUGACAGGUUCUCAUGUGGGUGAGUUAAUAGUUUGGGAUGCACUUGACUGGACAAAGCAGGCAUCUGAGUGCAACUUCUGGGACUCCUCUGUUCAUCCAGAUGUACAGCCAGAAAUAAAGUUGUCCCAAAGCCCAAAUGAAACUUCAGUUCAACACUUAACGUCUGAUGAGGAGUGUGUGUUUGCUGCUGUUGGGAAAGGCAUAUACGUAUAUAAUCUUCAAAUGAAGCGUGUGAUUGCCUGCCAAAGAACUGCUCACGACUCCUCUGUACUGCACAUUGAGAAGCUCCCAAACAGGCAGCUGAUCUCCUGUUCAGAAGAUGGCAGUGUGCGCAUUUGGGAGCUCCGAGAAAAGCAGCAGCUGCCAGCUGAACCAGUUCCAACAGGGUUUUUCAACAUGUGGGGAUUUGGAAGGGCAAACAAGCAGGCAAAUCAAACUGCUAAGAAGAUGCAGGAAAAUACACCUAUGUAUUUCUUGGAGCUGGUUGGUGAUUUGAUUGGUCAUUCGUCAGCUGUGCAGAUGUUCCUGUAUUUCGGUGAACUGGGACUGGCUACGUGUUCUGCUGACCACCUCAUAAUUUUGUGGAAGGAUGGUGAACGAGAAUCUAGGCUCCGCAGUUUAACACUGUUUCAAAAAUUGGCGCAAAAUGGUGCUUUGCAGCUCAAAUUUUAACUUGCUUGGGUUAUGCAGGCUAUGUAUGUGUAAACUGGGUACGUGUUAAAUGUGAGUGUGAAGGAAAGUCUGAACUAUUUGGAAUGUCACUACCAGUAAGGUUUACACUUAAUAUCAUGUAUUAGAAUUAUUAUUAGUUGCUGUUACUCUUCUCAAAGGAGAAUUUUGCAUGUUGAAACUUACUUAAGUUAUUCUGUCAGCAGAAACGGUGUUCUCUUGAAAGACUGAAGAUAAUGAUAGUUUCUAAUAUUAUUCCUAAUGUUUAAAAAUAUCAUGGGCAGAUGUCAAGAUUUGUGAAAAUCCUUAAAUGGAUCAAAAGUAAGGCAGCUAGGGGCAUCCGCAGUUUUAUGUGCAGGAAGGAAGCAUGAAAAAAAACCCUGAGUCUUCCUGCUUGAUGUAACUUAUUUCUUGAAGCUAAACUUUAGUCACUCAUGGCUGAGAUUUAUGUAUCUAGAAAAAAAACCCAAAGAAACAGUUCUCAAAUAGAAUUCUGGUAUUUUAAGUUGUUAUCCUGCACCAAUGGUAAGUGCAAGAAAGAAAAGUAGGCAGUACUGGUUUGUCAGGUUUUCAUUUUUUGGCAAAAUAGGGUAUAUAGAUACUCCUCACUUGCAGUAGCUGCCAUUUUACUGCAGGUUAACCUACACCACUGGAUUUUAUACAGCACCAUUAUCAUGUUUAGCAUGAAGUCUGAUUGGUUUAGCUUAGUCUUUCCACAGAACAUUCAUUAAAUUAAUUUGUAUCUAAUAAAAAGCACCAGCGUUACCAUGGAUUUUCAGGAUGUAAAAUACUUUCUUAAGCAGUAGCAGUUGACGUGUUCAGUAUUAGCAAAACAUUUCUGCCAGAUGAAUAUUAAAUUCUUAGCUGAAGUUUGAGUGCAGAGAAAUCUGCACCAAGUUUAUAAGGAUAAGUAGUAUUUUAGGGUUUAAAAAUAAAAAGCCUCUAAGAAAUAAUGCCUUUUUCAAGUCUGAGAUAGCAUCAGUAAUCUGCAAGCUAAACAGGAAUGGGAAAAAAACCUAAACUAAAGAACCGCAAACCAAAGCAACAAAACCCCAAAAGCACAAAAAACCCCAAAAAACCCCGCAAAGUCAAACCCGGAACUGAUACAAAGAAAGUGUGAGGGAGCAUGACAUAAUGAGUGGUAAGUUACCAUUUGAGCUAGGGAAGGAGGGAAUUGGGGAACUUAGUGGUCAUAAAGCCAUGAGAAGAGGGUGCUUGGGUCUCCUCAGAAUAUCCACCACUUAAAACAUCUUAGGAAUAAGUCGCUUGCAGGUUAUCAGUGCCAUCUCUUCUCUUUGAAUCAAUGAGAAUUGUUUUUGCUACAGGAGACCGCAGAGCUGUAAUCCCAGACUUAAGAUCCCAAGAAGUGGUUGUAUUAAGUGCAAUUAAAACAAAGGGCUAAGCAGAUCCUGACAAGAGCAGAAGCAAAAGGAGGAAGCUCCAGCUUUCUAGAAGAAAACGAGGAGCCUUAUAGACUUGCUUUCCCUAGUCUCCCUUGACACUUGCCUUCCCCCUACCACCCAGAAGCCAAGCUUUGCCUCUAGAGUCUGACAGUAACCUUCCCUGGAAGGCAGGGCAGAGGGACAGUAAAAUUUUUGAGCUGUAUUUUUCCCUGACUUUAAGUCAACUUGCAGAACUAGUCUUGAGUGUAGAGCUCAAAAUGACAUAUUUCAAAACCAUAAAACAGAUGGAGAAAUUGUUAAAUUACUAUGUCCUUUCAAUUCAGGAGGGUUAAGUCAGAGUUUAGUUUUGAGCUGCAUGUUCUUUGCUCAUGGUGGCUAUUCUAUAGACCAGCAUUGGAAAGGCAUUUGUAUUGCAGCUGAUGAUAACAUGCCUUGGGGUAUAUGGUAUUCAACUUGGGGAAGAAAGGCGUGUUAAGUCCUUCUGCCUGAUGGUCUGUAUUUUUUCAGCUUGCUUUCAUAAUAAGUGUUGUGGUUUUGACUACCCCAGUCCAAGCUGGUAAGAUCAGCUCUUGGCUCUUUUUUCCUCGUUUCAAUUGAAAAAUAACUGUUUAGUUGUAUAUAAAGUGUAUGUUUACACACUGCUACUAAAACUUUACAGUGAAAACAAAAAAAAAUAGGGUUUUUUUUUUUUUUUUUUUUUAGAGGUUACUGUUGUCAUCAGUUGCAACUAGAGAGAAGGAACAUCAUCUUUUUAUUAUCUCGUCUUCCUAUACCAUGAGAACAACUAUUUCAUUUUUAUGUGACUGCUUUAAAGUGAAUACCUGGUGGAGAAACAGACCUAUUUAACUGAACAGUUCUAGUCAGGAAACUCACUGUGUAUUUUACAGGGAUGUAAUUCAGCCUUAAAUAGUCCUACAUGCAUGUAUAAAUAUUUAUAUCUAUCAAAAGUGCCAUUGUUCUCAGAUACGCUCUCCUAAUAGAGCUCACAUGUCUUUUCCUUUAAAGAUGGUUGAGUUGAAAGUAUUAAAUUGAGUUCUUUCUUUUACAAAUGAACUUUGAGCAGAACAGUGAACACAGUGGGGCUAUAGUAGCCCACUCCUGUUAGAUAAAAGUUUAUCACUUGCUGUUGGGAAAUGUAGUGAGCAGAAUGAGGGUAACCAGAUUAGAAAUUUUGCUUCCACUUUGUCCUUUUAAAUUUCUUUUUCCACAUCUCAGUAAUGCAGAAUUCUGUGUUCACCUCAUGGAGUUAACCAGCAGACAUACUCUUAAUACUUCUGUAACUCUGAGGCAGCUGUUUUACUUGUCUGUGCACUGACAAUAGCAUGAAACAAGCAGCUGUUAAUCAACUGGACAGGUCAGAGUCUAGGAGAUCUGACAAAACUGGCAGAUGAUGAUUAAUCUGUGCUGAUUUCUUCUGCUCUUAAAAAGAACAUACUGCCACACACUGCUUUUUUACUUAAGUCUCUGACUGGGGGAAGAAACACAGGAUCUUGCAACAAAUAUACUGAUGACACAUCAACGCCUUAACUUGUGAACCAGAACUGAGGCUGAAUUUUAUUUCUUAGGUUCCUUCCACCAUUGACAUUUUCUUCCUUGUGACAGAAGUGCGACAAAAAUAAUGAAUUGAAAUGUUUUACAUGGGUGUGGUUUUACAGUGUUGCUGUAUUUAACAAAUUAAGAUGACAAAGCUGUAAAUCUUCUGAAAUCCUUUUCUCUAAUGCAAGCUGCAGGGAGCGUUUAGUCAUCAGAAUAGUUAAGAUACAACCACCAAGAACACUAGUUCUAAACAAAAGAAUGGUAAAAGCAAACAGUUUACAAUAUAAAAACCAGGUUCAACUUACGUGACUAAAAAUCCAUUGAAGAAUGUUGUAAUAGAUAAUAAGAAAGAACGAAUAAAUGUAUUUCACCAGAAACACCAUUCUUCAGAUAUGCACAAUGCAGCAUUUUAAUACACAGCAACCUGCCUUAACUAUGACAAAAGUAAGGUUCUGUUACAAUUCUAACAAAAAUAUAGCUUAUAUACAUUUAUCUGCACUUACAUUUUAUGAAUAUUUCCUUUUGUUUCAGAACUUGGUACAAAACAUACAAAAAAGGUUGGCACAUUAUGUAAGCUACCUGCAGUAGACAGCAGUCAUUGUAACUUUUCUUCCACAGCAAUCUAAACUCUAUGUGUUUGGUUUUGUUGGGGUUUUUUUUACCUUUACUGGAUUCAAUUCAUGAUACAGCAUAGGAAAGGUAAAGAGUAUGUCUCCAGACCUUUCUUUUUAAGGAGUAGUGGACUGCUUCUUCAACUGCAGCCACAGCUUUGAAGCUCUUGCCUGCAGCCUGGAGUGCACAGUCUUAAAAAUCAGCAGUUCAGCUAGUAUUUAUUAACUGAAUAGUCUGAGAGUAGUCUAAAAUUUGAACUCGUGUUCUGCACGGGGUUAAAAUGAGAUGUACAAAAAUACGCAUUUGUGCUUUGGAAGCGUUAGCAUAAAUUUUGUAUCUUAAAACUAAUGAAAAACUAUGUUUGAUUUCUAACUUAUUUACAUAAUUUGAAAUAGUUUUUACUUCACAAAACAAACCAACAUUUUAGUAGGAGGGAAAAAGCAGUACAAAUUAUAAUGCUGUUACAAAUUAUAACCUGGAAACUUUUUUUAAAAUGCAACAGGCUCAUCUUAGAAGUAAGUAGCACAAUAUAUAUGGACUUAUCAUAAAAUUUAGAUCAGUUUAAUAAAAUUGAUUAUGUGUAUAAACACCACUAUAUAGAAAAGGAUGUUGACCAAGUGCCACAAUGUUUUUUGUGUAAAAUUUGAUGAAAGAUUUCAUGUUAACAUCUCUAAGAUGGCAGAGAAACAUGUGGAUGGCACGAAUUUUACAGAACAUCUUGUUUUCCUCAUUAUAUGACUAAUUUAAAGGGAAUUUGACUGCUACCAAGAUUUGAUAUGGAAAAGAAAGAACAGUGGUGCUCUAAGAGAAAGUUUCUAUAAGAAGGUUGUGUUAAAUGGUGCAGGGUUUGUUUUUUACUGUGUCCUGUUUAUCAAGGUUUACUUGUUCUACUGUGCACAUUCUCUUCUAGAACUGUUCUUCAGCUCUCUAAACUGUAUCAAUAGGAUUGGAGAAAGCUUAUGCUAGAUAAGUGGGAAGUUUUCAUGCUUAUUUGUCAACCUGUUCUUACUGUACUGGUGACUAGGUUACCCCUCUGUCUGAGAAACAGUUGUAUGAAGUGUAGUGAAUACAGUUGUAUCAAUUACAAGAUUUGACAGGUGUAUGUUCAGUAUAAGAAAUUAGCUUCAGAAGUACAUUUUCUGCCACAAAAUGUUAUUUCCAAAGAGCACUUAUUAAUCUGUGGAUUACGUAGUCUUCUUGAAAACAUUUUUCUUUAGGAUUCAGAGAAGCUUAGACAUGAUGAAUAAAAUAUUUCCUUCUUGCCACAAAGUCUCAAUUUCACUGGAAAGGAAACACCACCCCUCUUGUAUCCAAGUCUGUAAGCGAUUCACAGUGAAACUGGUAGAUCAAGAGGUCUGGUUUUCUUGCCUUAGUGUCAGUUGUUGUUUUCUGAUGGGAGCCUGAUGCUCUUGCACUUUAAUUCAUCCAGUGUUUUCCAGUGUUUGUAGUUGUUAGCCAAGUGUUGCAUCAAAACCGGCAGAUGUGCAAAUGCUGAAAUGAACAGGAGGAACAGUUGUACUAUGUGUACAGAACAGGCAGAAGAACAGCCCAACCUUGUCUGAAAUUGGCGUUCUCCUACUCUUUCUUGUUCCUUCAGCUGUAAGCUAAUACUAAAAGCGGAAGGAUUUUUCAGUCUGUUUCUUUCUCAAGCAAAACUCCCUUUCUUAAUGUAUGAUGAUUUCAUUAAAUUGCACUAACACUGUG